CGCGAUCCUGCUGGAUAUCUUUCUCCUGUCCCAGUCCAGAAAAAUCCCGAAUUUGGAAAAUAUACGCGAAUUUUCGACAAAAUGAUUUAGAAUAAGUUGUAUUCGAGACAGUGCGAAGUGUGUAUUUGUUGCACUUAACGGUUUUAGUAAGUUGAUGGGGAUUUUUUCAAAGGGAUAAUCCAAAAGUGAGCAAAGAUGUCUUCGGUCAAAGUAGCUGUCCGCGUGCGACCUUUCAACAACAGAGAAAUCUCGAGAGAAUGCAAAUGUAUUAUAAAAAUGGGCGGAAAUACCACAACUAUACAGAACCCAAAGGCCGAACCAAACAAUAAGGAAUCGAUUAAAAGCUUCAACUUUGAUUAUUCAUAUUGGUCACAUGAUGAAACCGAUCCCGAAUUUUCCUCUCAACUUCUCGUCUACAAAGACAUCGGCGAAGAAAUGCUACAACACUCAUUCGACGGCUACAACGUGUGCAUUUUCGCCUACGGCCAAACCGGCGCCGGAAAAUCCUACACCAUGAUGGGCAAACAGGAAGAAGGCCAAGAAGGUAUAAUACCCCAAAUCUGUUUGGAGUUGUUCAGGAAAAUUAAAGAUAGCGAUCAGGGCGACAUCAAGUACUCGGUAGAAGUCAGUUAUAUGGAGAUAUACUGCGAAAGGGUGCGGGAUUUGCUCAAUCCCAAAAACAAGGGUAAUCUUAAGGUGCGCGAACAUCCUCUAUUAGGGCCUUAUGUAGAAGAUCUCAGUAAACUAGCUGUUACUAGUUACGAAGAUAUACACGAGCUUAUUGAUGAAGGAAAUAAAGCUAGAACUGUAGCUGCUACAAAUAUGAACGAAACUAGUUCCAGGUCGCAUGCAGUUUUCACUAUAUUUUUUACACAGCAAAGAUUAGACGAAAUCACUCAACUGACUACGGAAAAAGUAUCCAAAAUAUCCUUGGUGGACUUGGCAGGAUCCGAAAGGGCCGAUUCCACCGGUGCCAAGGGCACCAGACUAAAAGAGGGAGCUAAUAUUAACAAGAGUCUUACCACUUUGGGUAAAGUGAUAUCAGCUCUAGCUGAAAUAGCAACCAAAAACAAAAAAUCCAAAAAAGCCGAUUUCAUACCAUACAGAGACUCGGUUUUAACGUGGUUGCUGCGUGAAAAUCUGGGAGGCAACAGUAAAACCGCUAUGAUAGCUGCUAUAUCGCCUGCGGAUAUCAACUAUGAUGAAACUCUAUCGACAUUGAGAUAUGCAGAUAGAGCCAAACAAAUUGUUUGCAAAGCUGUUGUCAACGAGGACGCCAAUGCCAAACUCAUACGAGAACUCAAAGAAGAAAUCCAAAAGUUGCGAGAAUUACUCAAACAAGAAGGCAUCGAUGUACACGAAGGUCCGGACGGCAAAGUUAUGUACGAAAAAAAAGGUAUGGAUAGUAAUAUGGUGGACAGGAAUAAUAAGGAAAACGAAAAACGUGCCAGGACUCAAUCUACAACUGCAGAGGAAGCUGUAGACCAGCUACAGGCUAGCGAAAAACUUAUUGCAGAAUUGAAUGAAACUUGGGAAGAAAAACUAAAGAAAACCGAAGCCAUAAGAAUAGAACGAGAAGCUGUCUUUGCCGAAAUGGGGGUAGCAAUAAAGGACGGCAAUACCGUGGGCAUAUUUUCGCCCAAACGCACCCCGCAUCUGGUCAAUCUCAACGAGGAUCCUUUCAUGUCCGAAUGCCUCAUUUAUUACAUAAAAGAUGGUUUGACCAAAAUAGGCUCAGAAGAAGCCAACAGCCCUCAAGAUGUGCAACUUUCAGGAGCCCACAUUAAACCUGAGCAUUGCAUUUUUGAAAAUAAAGACAGAAAAAUCACGCUGAUACCUUUAAACUCAGCUUUAAUCUAUGUUAAUGGAAGAGAAAUUAUCGAACCAAUAAUUCUCAAAACGGGUUCGCGCGUUAUCCUGGGUAAAAAUCACGUAUUCCGUUUCACUCAUCCAGAUGAGGUGAGAGAGAUGCGGGAGAAAAACACCCUCCCUGAAACAGUCGAUUGGAACUUUGCGCAAAACGAACUUUUAGAGAAACAAGGGGUCGAUUUGAAGGCGGAAAUGCAAAAGAAGUUGGUCACCUUGGAAGAGCAGUACCGCAAGGAAAAGGAACUAGCAGAUCAGGCAUUUAACGAACAGAGAAAAAAUUAUGAGGCAAGGAUUGAUGCUUUGCAAAAACAAGUGGAAGAACAAAUAAUGACCAUGUCCACCUAUAGUUCGUACACUCCAGAAGAUUACAGCAACGACAACGAUAUUUUUGUGAACCCUCUGUUUGAUGCAGAGUGCAACUGGUCAGAAAAGGAGUUCGAAAUGGCAGCAACGGCUUGGCGCAAGUGGAAGCACCACCAGUUCACUUCCCUACGGGACGAUUUGUGGGGCAACGCAAUUUUUCUCAAGGAAGCCAACGCUAUCAGUGUGGAAUUGAAGAAGAAGGUCCAAUUCCAAUUUACGCUUCUCACGGAUACGUUGUAUUCUCCCUUGCCUCCGGACUUGAGGCCAGCAGUAGAUUACGACCAUGAUGAAGAUGUUUCGAUACAAAAAACCUCUGUGGCUGUGGAAGUGCAGGAUCUCAAAAAUGGAGCCACUCAUUAUUGGUCUUUAGACAAAUUGCGCCAACGUUUGGAACUGAUGCGCGAAAUGUAUCACAACGAAGCUGAAAUGUCGCCUACUUCUCCAGACUACAAUGUAGAAUCUCUAACUGGAGGCGAUCCUUUUUACGACAGAUUCCCCUGGUUCCGUAUGGUUGGAAGAGGAUUUGUCUAUUUGAGCAAUUUAUUGUAUCCAGUUACUUUGAUACACAAAGUAGCUGUUGUGAGUGAAAAAGGAGAUGUUAGAGGAUAUUUAAGAGUAGCUGUGCAAGCUGUUAUGGACGAAGACAAUUCCGAUCAGGUCGGAGUGAGGCAAAGUGCUAGAAUUGCUUUCGAAUCUACUCCCAAAGCUGUUAUGGAACGCAAUAUUCACAACAUGGAAGAACGUAUUAUUGAAGGCCACAACAGUAUCGAUCCAAUUAAACUGGAAGAGUUGAUUGAAUGCGAUGCCGAUUCAGGCCGUGGAGACAGCUCAGUUUCUUCUGACCUUAAAGAAGAAGAAAUCCCCGAGCAUUUAAUGAUUGGCAAAGAGUUCACUUUUCGAGUCACUGUAUUGCAAGCUGUUGGAAUUUCAACUGAAUAUGCUGACAUAUUUUGCCAGUUCAACUUCUUGCAUAGGCACGAUGAGGCAUUUUCAACUGAACCAGUUAAAAAUACUGGCAAAGGAACACCACUAGGUUUCUACCACGUGCAAAACAUUACAGUUACUUGCACCAAAUCCUUUUUGGACUAUAUUAGAACGCACCCAAUAGUGUUUGAAGUAUUCGGACACUACCAGCAACAUCCUUUGCAUAAAGACGCCAAAUUGGAAGGUAGUGUCAGGCAACCUCCAAGAAGAAUGUUGCCGCCUUCGAUUCCGAUUUCUCAACCGGUCAGGUCUAGUAAAUUUGGUGCUUUGCCUAGUCCUUGCACCGCUCAUAUCCACGCUAAGGUUGAUAUCCUCGUAUGGUUCGAAAUCUGCGAACUAGCUCCAAACGGUGAAUACGUACCCGUCGUUGUAGAACACAGCGACGAAUUACCUUGCAGAGGCCUCUUCUUGCUCCACCAGGGCAUUCAACGUAGAAUCCGCAUAACAAUUGUGCACGAUCAAGCAUCUGAAAUCAAAUGGAGAGACGUAAGAGAAUUGGUGGUGGGCCGCAUAAGGAACAAUCCAGAAUCCGAAGAUGACGAGGAUAACGACAACUCGGUGCUUUCUUUGGGAUUAUUUCCAGGAGAGUAUCUGGAAAUUCCAGGAGAUGACAGGGUCAUGUUUAGGUUCGAGGCGGCUUGGGACAGCUCCUUGCACAAUUCGAUUUUGUUGAAUCGCGUUACUGCUCCUGGAGAACAAAUUUUCAUGACUAUAUCUGCUUAUUUGGAGUUGGAAAACUGUGCAAGGCCAGCAAUAAUUACUAAGGAUUUGAGUAUGGUCAUGUAUGGAAGAGACGCCCGUACAGGCCCUAGAUCUUUGAAACAUCUCUUUUCUGGAAGUUACAGAAAUGCAGAAGCAAACAGGCUGUCUGGAGUGUACGAGUUGUUGCUGAGACGUGCCAGCGAAGCAGGAGUACAACGUCGUCAAAGGCGCGUAUUGGACACGAGCUCUACUUACGUGAGAGGUGAAGAAAAUUUACAUGGAUGGCGUCCACAUGGGGAUUCGCUUAUUUUUGAUCACCAAUGGGAAUUGGAAAAAUUGACACGACUAGAAGAAGUGGAGAGGGUAAGACACACAUUGUUGCUACGCGAAAGACUGGGCCUGGACCGGUGCCACAACUACAACAAAUUCCAAGCAGAGUACACGACGAAAAGCGAAAAGGACGUGUGCAACAUGGUGGCGAAAAACAACCUGAACUACCAGCAGCAACAAGCAAACAACGAUCCGUGCUACGAGUACACGGAACGCGAAAAGCAGCUGCUCAACAAGUGCGUGAGACUUAUCCAAGGCAAACCCAAAGAUUUGAAGGAUAACGAAGUUGGUAGCCCCACCGAAGAAAUGACCGAUAUGAGCUCUAGCAUGAUUUCCAGCGUCAUGACGAAUAGUUCUAUUGAAUUGUGCUCACCUGAACGGACUCCGAUGAUUGGAGAGUGUGCACCUUUUCCUAGUAUGCCUGCUUCACCACCAGGUCCAAGAGAUCCCGAAUUGGUCCUUUACGUGCCCGACAUGGAAGAAAUUCGAAUUUCCCCAGUGGUGGCCCGCAAAGGGUACCUCAACGUGCUCGAGCACAAAACGCACGGUUGGAAAAAGCGUUGGGUGGCUGUGCGACGACCCUACGUCUUUAUAUUCCGCGACGAAAAAGACCCUGUGGAAAGGGCCCUGAUCAACUUGGCCACAGCUCAAGUCGAGUACUCGGAAGACCAACUGGCCAUGGUGCGUUUGCCCAACACUUUCAGUGUGGUCAGCAAACAUCGGGGAUAUCUGUUGCAAACUUUGCAUGAGAAGGAAGUUCAUGAUUGGCUUUACGCUAUCAAUCCGUUGUUAGCUGGUCAGAUACGUUCCAAGUCGGCUAGGCUACAGCCUCAGAAAGAGGAGACUACGAUUGUGGCUGUAGUACCUAAAUGAGAUAUGAUCGAUAUGGAAUCUGUGCUUGUUUAUUAAUGAGAGUUUUGGAUUUGGUAAUGCUUAGCGCGAGGGCAUUGGCAAAUGUGUAUGUUUCAUGACUUAGGCAAGAAUGAACCUACACUUUAUAUGUCAUUUUUAAAAAAGAUCACUUUGUUUAGGAGUUUUCUUCUAAGGACAUAGGAAACAACCUUUAUUUCACUGUCAAAAGCAAUUUCCACUUCUUUAACUGAAGCUCAUUUUUGCCUAACUCCAUUAAACAAGAGAUUCCAUAUAAGGGUGCGUUGAAAUUGUCUAGUCAUUUUUCUGUUCAACUAUAUAGGGUUGAUUUUGUUGGGAAUUGAAGAGUUUUUCUUUUGUUUUUGUACAGUUUACACCAGCAAAAGGCCCUUAUUGUUUGAACUUUUGCUUUAACAUUGUGAUUUUCUAAGAGAUAUACGUAUAUAUUUUAAAUAGUGUUUAUUUUUAUUAGGCUUAAGUAUAGUUGUAUUAUUUAAAUUUAAAAUAAUUCUCGGUGUUAUAAAAGAGUCGGAGCUUUUAAUUAUUACUAGUAAUAUGUAUCAAAAAAAAAAAAUAUUAUAAAUGUUCAGUACCCUUCUUCCCCUAAGGCCUCAGAUUUUGAUUUUCGAUGUGCAAUAUUUAAACCAAAAAAAAAUAGUCUUAAAUUAUAUUAUAAAACACGUAAAUAUAUAGGGCAGAUAUUUGUAGGAAUAAUGCACAAGCAUAAUUUAAACAAAAUUAAACGCCCUUUGAUUUGUAGAUUUUUCCAAGCUAACCACCCAGUACUUAUAGAGUUUUAAGGCAAAUUUCCUGACUGAUAUUAUGUUUUGGCCAUUCUUUUAGAUGUUGUUAGAGUGAUGUAGCAAGUCUAAAAGAAUGGCUGUUUUUUUUUUUCCUCUCAAAUAAAAUUAAAACACUUGUGCUACGCCUUAAACUUAAUUAAGAGCUAUAAAUGUAUAAAAAUGGUAUUAAGGUCGAUGAAAACAGAGUAGGACAAUUUAGGAAAUUUAUUAUUUUAAUAAAGGUAGGUACGAACUUGUAUCGAGGUUUUGUCCCUCAUUUAUUGUAUAAUUAAGUCAUUAUAUGAUAAUAAACCAAUUAAAGUCGUAA